AUGUACUUUGACAAGAUUUGCCUGCUUCUGAAUCUCUGCUGGAAGCAUUACACCUCAACUCCUUUCCCAUUCAUCACAAUCGUCCCUCCGGUUACUCUUCCGACCGCACCCACGAUUCCUCCCACUCUCACGCCUGUUCCUCCGAUCACCAUGACUGUAAUCCCUCCGAUCACUGUGACUUUCGUCCCUCCACUGACCACUCUGCCCCCAAUUACGCCCUCUCCCAUCCCUCCGAUCACUCUUCCGCCGCCAAUACUCACGACCACAGAUCAGCCGAGGCUGACACUCACGCCCGUUCCUCCUACAUUGACUCCUUUUCCCACACUGCCAACUCUCCCGCCAGUCACAUUAACUCCUGUCCCUCCAGGUCCUCCUGUUCCGCCAGUCACAUUAACUCCUGUCCCGCCAAUCACCUUAACUCCUGUACCUCCAAGUCCUCCUUUUCCUCCUGUCCCUCCAAUUCCAGUCUGCGAGGCUAUUCCUCCCACCUGUCCUCCCCCCAUCGCUCCCGGACAGCCCAACGUCCUCCCUAACGGCUGUCCCUGCAUCGACCCUCGAUCCAUGAUCCUGGACAUGAUCCUCGACGCCAUCCGCCGUGGAGACAUCCGCCGAGAAGAUCUGCGCGUUUUGGGGAAUUGCGUGUCCUUCCAAUCCUGUCCGUCUCUCAUGGAGCUUCUGCAGUUGUACUACCAGACGGCAGAUUCCAGGGUUGCUAACCAAAUUCAGAGAUCCUUCUGUGGACAGGACACUUAUAACUUCUUGGUUUGCUGUCCCAUUUAUGGAGGAGUCAAUUCCAAUUCACUGGUCUUCACUGAUCAGACUUAUUCUCAGUAUCCUCAAAACUAUCCUCAAUAUCCGCAGUUUCCUCAGUAUCCUGGGGGUAUUUUCCAAUAUCCUCAAUACAAUAAUCCGUACUCAAAUGUCCUGUAUCCUCAAAGACCCUUCCAAGGUAUGAGACAAGGUACUUCCGGCGAUGCUUCUCAGUGCGGAGUCUUCAAUGCAACCUUCCAGAAAGUUGUGGGUGGCGAAGAUGCCCCUGUUGGCGCCUGGCCAUGGAUGGCUCUCCUGGGAUAUCGCCUUCCUGGGCGAGAUCUCGUCUUCGUAUGUUCCGGAUCACUGAUCACACCGCUUCAUGUUCUCUCAGCAGCUCACUGCAUCCAAGAUUAUCUUGUCCUUGUUCGUUUGGGAGAACAUGAUUUAUCCACAACUACUGACGGAGUGACCCAAGAUAUCGCCAUCAGCAAAAAGACCAUCCAUGAAGACUUUCAGGCCAAAAGGAUUCUCAACGAUAUCGCUCUCCUUCGUCUUGCCGAGGCAGCGAUUCUGAGUGACAGAGUUUCUCCUGUCUGUCUUCCAACCGAAAUGAACUUACGCCACAUGAACUUGACCUACUAUCAACCCUUCGUCACUGGAUGGGGAGCAACUUCUUACAAAGGACCCUCAGCGAAUAUCCUCCAGCAAGCUCAAGUGCCCAUCCUUCCUAACACCGACUGUGAGACGAACUACAAAGCAAAUUUCCCUACUCUGACCUUCGACGAGAGGAUAAUAUGUGCUGGCUGGCCGUCUGGUGGAAGAGAUGCCUGCACAGGCGACAGUGGAUCUGGUCUGUUUCUUCCACAAUUGUCUGCAGACAAAACCUAUUACUUCUACAACAUCGUCGGGAUCGUGUCUUAUGGCUACGAGUGCGCCCUACCCGGAUUUCCAGGUGUCUACACACGCGUCACAUCGUUCCUCACCUGGAUUAAUGAUCAUCUCGACGACUGAAUCUUCAGUGUUGCAGAAUCUCCCAUUCGUCGCGCAAUGAAAGCGAAAUACAUCGUUGUA